GUGCACGCUGGGACACCGAGGCAUUGUCCUGUCCCGGCUCCCGGCCGCGGCGCGCGCGGUGCAUUGUGGGGGAGGAGCCCCGGUGCCCGGGCCCCCGGGACGGGAGGGAGCUCGGCAGUGGCUCCCCGCGCCCACCCUCCGCCCGCAGGGCCAUGGGGGACCUGGGCCUGGGCCAGGAGUUCCACACGUGGCAUCAGUUCAGCAGCUUCUUCGAUGACUGGUGCGAGAAGCACAAGGUGCUAUUCAUCAUCGCCAGCCUCAAGCCGCUGAUCUCGCUGCGCCAGAACCCGCUGCACUACCAGCCCAGCCUGGCCGCCACCCUGCGCUUCCGCUUCGUCCGCCUCAUCUGCAAGCACAGCGGCACCUACGUGGGCCAGAGCACCGUGCAACGCAACCGGCUCAGCGAGAAGAUCGACUGCCCGGCCUCCAUCACGCUGCGACUGGGCCCCAAGAAGGACCGGCUGGUGGUGAUUGAGGCCAGCCUGGAGCACAACCACAAGUUGUCAGAGGUGGAGUUUGCUCACUACUUCAAGCGUCACCAGCUGGAGGCCAGCAUGGGGCUGCCCAUCCGCAUCACCAACAGCGUGUCCAAGCGGUUCCUGGCGCCCGACCUGAUCUGGAACCUGGAGGACUACAGCAAGGCCAAGGACAAGGGCAUGUGCGAGUUGCUGAGCCAGCUGGACGGCCUAUUCAAGAGCGACCCGGCCGCCAAGGUCAAGCUGGUCUUCCAAGAGGACGUGGCCGUGCUCAACAGCAUCUUCCUGGCCACGUCGCACAUGCGGAGCCUGGUGCAGCGCUUCCCCCGCUGCCUCUACAUGGACAAGGCGGCCUGCGUCAACAGCGAGUUCGAGCUCUACUCGGUGCUCUGCCAGGAUGGCAACGGGCGGGGCCGCGAGUGCGCCUACUGCGUGGCCCGCCGGGGCGUGCCCGAUCUGGUCAUCUUCAUUGUGGCCUCCCUGGUGCAGAGCGCGCCCGACAUCAAGCUGAAGGUGAAGUGCCUGACCGUGGGGGCGGGCAUCACGGACGUGGACGCGGUGGAGGAGGUGCUGCCUUGUGCCCGGGUGCAGAUCUGCCGGCUGCAGGUGCUGGAGGCGCUGUACCGCAAGGCGCGCGAGCUGGCUGUGCCCAAGGAGGACAAGGUGCGCAACCUGCUGCACAACAUGGCCAACGCCAGCUCGCCCCGCGUCUACAGCCAGUACCUCAGCGACCUGGAGGACGUGGCGCCGCUUCCCUUCCUGCAGUACUACCUGGAGCACUGGCACCACAACAAGGGCAUGUGGGCGGAGUGCUGGGCCUUCGAGCGCAACUGCGACUGCCCCUUUCUGGAGCACAUGAGCUUCCACCAGCAGAAGCUGCGCUCGGCGCUGAGCCCGCCCCUGGGGCUGGCGGCCUGUGUGCGGGGGCUGCUGGAGCUUCAGGCGCUGCGGGUGGAGAUGGCGGCGCUCAAUGAAGAGCGGGUGUCGGAGCUGUACCGCGCCGUGUGCCCGCCAGACAGCGCUGCGCUCAUCGCCGAGGAGCUUGGCCUGGCCAAGCACGCCAACUACCACGUCAAGGAGGUGCCCGAGGGCUUCCUGCUGGAUGGCGGCAUCUGCUCCUUCCUGGUGAGCCGCGACCUGGCCGCCUGCUCCUGCUCCAUAUAUGUCUCAAGCCGCCGGCCCUGCCGCCACCUCUUCGCCACCCGCCUCUGGACUGGGCAGCCCCUCUACGACCCCGGCUUGCUGCAUGCCCCAUCGGGCGGUGAGGGGCAGGACACCUACCCGGGGCUGGGCAAUGGCUGUAUUGAUGAGCUGGAAGGAAACAUAGGCCCAUUGCUGGUGAAGCAUACAGGUGCAGAAGUGGUGAGUAACGCCGGGGACACACAGUACUACAGAGCGAGCUGCAUCGUUGGCUGGAUGAUAGCUUGCAGUGUAUCCUGGAGACUGGCAGGGGGACGGGGAGGGCUGCAGUGCAUUGUGGGAACUGGGGGCUGGGCUCAGGCGCCCCGCGGGAUGGAGGAGGACGAGCUGCAGGAGAAGGAGUUCUUCUCGUGGGAGGAGUUCAGCACCUUCUUCGAUGCCUGGUGCGAGCGCAGGAAGGUCCUGUUCUUCGUCAAGAAUUCGGUGCCGCUCAGCAAGUGCAAGUGGGCAACGGUGCCCCCACGGCCCGACGUGGUGGAGGCCCUCAAGUACAGCUCCGUGCGCCUGGUCUGCAAGGACUUUCGCGGCUCCAGCAAGCCCGACCAGGGGGGGCAGCACAAGGGCUGCUGUGCCAGCAUUGUGCUGAAGAUGAGCCCCAAGAAGGACCGGCUGAUCGUCACCGAGUGCCAGCUGGCCCACAACCACGCCCUGUGCCCCAUCGAGUUUGCCUACUACUUCAAGAAGGGCUACCUGAUGGCCAACUCAUGCUUGCCGGUGCGCACCACCAACAAGAUCUCCAAGCAGUUUGUGGGGGGGCCAGACGUGCGGCGCCUGCUCUCCUACUGCAAGAGCCGUGACCACGGGGUGCUGGACGUGCUGACCGUGCUGGACGGGCUCUUCGCCAGCGACCCCAGCGCCAAGGUCAAGCUGGUCUUCAUGGAGGACAAGGUCAUCGUCCAGACCAUCUUCUUCCUGAGCUCGCGCAUGAUGGCACUGAGCCGACGCUUCCCGCUCAUGCUGUUCUUCGACCGCAUGGUGGGGCUGAACGAGGAGUUUGACCUGUAUUCGGUGCUGUGCGUGGAUGGGGCGGGGCGCGGCCGCGAGGUGGCCUACUGCCUGACGCAGCGGGAGACGCCCGACCUGCUGCGCUUCACACUGGCCUCGCUGGUGCAGAGCGUGCCUGAGGUCAAGCUGCAGGUGCGGUGCAUCACGCUGGGCGUGGAGAUUGCCCACCUGGAGGCGGUGAAGGAGCUGCUGCCCAAUGCCCGCGUGCAGAUCUGCCGCUCCCAGGUACUGGAGACGCUCUUCAGCAAGGCUCAGGAGCUGGGUGCCGCCGAAGAUGAGCGCAUCUGGCCCCUGCUCUGCCGGCUGGCUGCAGCCAAGUCGCCGGCCGCCUACCAGCAGGCGGUGCAGGAGAUGAAGACCAUUCUCCCCCAGCGCUUCGUGCGCUACUUCCAGCGCCAUUGGCAGCCGCGCAGCGAGAUGUGGGUGCAGUUCUGGGCCUUUGAGACGGCCCGCAACGUCAACGCCUGCGAGCUGCUCAAGCAGCACCAGCGCCGGCUGCUGGCAGCCCUCAGUCCCUCGCCCACCGUGGCCCAGUGCAUGCUGGACCUGCUGGCCAUGCAGGUGGGCAGCGAGGCCCACGAGCUGGACGAGGGAGAGCUGGCCACGCACUACCGUGCCAUCUGCAAGCCAGAGCCGGCUGGACUGAUCGAGGAGGAGCUGGGCUUUGCACGGCACGGCCGCUACCGCUUCCAGGAGACGGCCGAGGGCUACCUGCUCCAUGACGGCCUGUCCGAGUUCGCCAUGGAUCAGGCCCUGACGCGCUGCUCCUGUUCCAUCUACACCUCCAGCCUGCUCCCCUGCCGCCACCUCUUUGCCACGCGCCUGCGCACCGGGCUGGCACUCUUUGACCCUGGCCUGCUGCACAGGAACCGGGCAGCACUGCUGGGCGCAUGCUAGGGCCGUGGGGCAGGGACUCCAGCUGCUCCGGGUGCUUACUGUGUAAGUCAGGGGGCCAGGCACUGGUGCGGGGCCGGCUGCACAUCUGCAGCUCGCACAGCAGGGGAGAAGCCAGCCCAUUGCCACGAUGGGGGUGCCCUGCGAUGACGUCAGGAUGGAGGAGAUACCUGGGUGCUGGUCCUGUUUGACUUGUUUUCACAGAGAAGAGAAAGUGGCAGGUGGUGCUGUCCUGUAGCUGAGAGCACCCACAGCCAGUGCCAGGCAGGGACCUCAGUGGGUUGGGUGCCCAUCAUGGGCUGGGUGUUGCUGUCCCAUAGCUCAGAGCACCUGCAGCCCAGGCCGGGUAGAGAUCCCAAGGUGUCUGUGUACCCAUGGUGGGCUGGGCACUGCUGGCCCGUAGCUGAGAGCACCCAGAGCCCCUGGCAGAGGUGGGUGGGUGGAUGUUGCCAUGUGGGGUGUGAUACUCUGGGGUGUCUGCGCCUGCCGAGGCGGGUGGGUGGAUGAUGCCAUGCAGGGUGUGACACUCUGGGGUGUCUGCGCUGCAGAAGUGGGUGGGCGGAUCAUGCCAUUUUGGGUGUGACGAUCGGGGGUUUCUGCGCUGCAGAGGCUGGCGGAUGAUGCCAUAUGGUGUGUGACGCUCUGGGGUGUCUGUGCUGUCAGAGGUUGGUGGGUGGAUGGUGUCAUGUGGGGUGUGAUGCUCUGUGGUUUUCUGUGCUGGCAGAGGUGGAUGGGUGGAUGGUGCCAUACGGGGUGUGACACUCUAGGGGUGUCUGCGCUGGCCGAGGUGGUUGGAUGGAUGAUGCCAUGCAGAGUUUGACACUCAAGGGGUGUCUGCGCUGGCAGAAGUGGGUGGGCGGAUGGUGCCAUGUGGGGUGUGACACUCUGGGGUGUCUGCGCUGGCAGUGGCGAGUGGGCGGAUGGUGCCAUGCGGGGUGUGAUGCUCUGGGGUGUCUGCGCUGGCAGGGGCGGGUGGGUGGAUGGUGCCAUGUGACGUGUGAUACUCUGGGGUGUCUGUGCUGGCAGGGGCAGAUGGUGCCAUGCGGGGUGUGAUGCUCUGGGGUAUCUGUGCUGUCAGAGGUGGGUCUGUGGAUGAUGUGGUGUGACGCUCUCUUUGUACAGAGAAUACAUUUUAUUCAAUAAACGUAUAUUUUCCUUUUUUGACCCUU